GCACACCUGAAGGUACCUGCCGCGUUGGUCUGCAGUCACGCCUCCAGUCCACUGUCUUUGUGUUUGGUUUUCGAGCUCGUGCUGCUUUUAUACCGAACCAGAUUAUUGCACACGGAGCCCCGUCAGUUGCUCAUCCGCGGUAUGGCCGACGGCAGGAUCGACGUCGUCGCGCCCGGCGACCUCGUACCGCACAACGAAUGGGCGCCGACGCGCACGGCGACGCGUUGCGCGACCUGCACACGGUUGUUUUCCAUCUUUCGCCGAAAACACCACUGCCACACGUGCGGCGAAGUUGUCUGCAAGACUUGCAUCAUGGAGAUGCCCGUGACGGGACAGAGCAUCCUUGUCUACGUCUGCAUGCGCUGCAGUCUCCGGCGUCGGCAGAGUGCGCCCAGCCCCGAGAGCGCGUACGACACAGCGGCACUCCUCGCCACUGCGUCGUCCAAGGCGCUUUUGCCGCGCGGUAGCAUUGACACCAUCCACGAAACCACUGACUUUGACUCGAACCGAGACGGGAGCUUGUUUGCGUUCCAGCUAGCGAUCGCGACGCCCGGCAACGACCAGUCCGCGACCGACCACAACACGUGGGUGCUGCAGCCGGGCGAGUUGGCGCCAUACCUCGUGCCUAUCCUCGGGCGCUUUCGCUGCGACCACUGCCGCCACUUGCUUGUAUUUCGGCACCGCGUCAACUGCCGCGCUUGCGGGGACGUCGUCUGUCGGCGCUGUGUCAUACCAACGAUUGUACAAGAGUACGGACAACUCGACCGCACCGAGAUCGCUAUCUGCGCCACGUGCCAUGAGAUUCACAAAGCUCUCGGGUCGUACAAGGACUGCCACACACUCAAGCGAGCGCUGGGCCCGAGCGCCUACCCACCCGGCGUGCAUGUUGGCACAAUCGACGCAGGCACCACGUCUGCCUUUGCUCGCAAAGUGGCGCAUUUUAAGGCCCUCGAAGAAGCCAAACUCGUGCCUGAAGACGUCAUGAUACGGCGUGACGCCGCGUGGUCACCGUCGGCGAGGCAAGCCAAGUGCCCGCGCUGCGAUCGGCCCGUGUCUUGGCGCAGUGCGGGCUGCUGCUGCAUGUGCGGGCGCGCCUUUUGCAACACUUGCGUAUGGCACCGCUUUGCGCGGUCGCCCGGGCGGUACGAACUCGACCAAGUGGUUGUGUGCUCGUCGUGUCUCCUCAAUUUUGAUCGAGAAAAUCGCCUCCGUCGCGCAUAUCUCUUGGCCGACUGCGUGCACAUUUACAUGGCCGCGUGUGGCGCCGAGGCCGAUGGUCUUGAGACGCCCAUGGAAACGACCGCCGCCGCCCGCAACUUGGGUGGCGCCGAUCAUAGUGGCGGAGAACCGACCACAGAGAGCGGCGAUAUGGACGAGGCGCGGCUCGAGGCGCUCCUCGUCCAGACCGUCGAGCGCAACCUGAAGCUCUCGCACUCGAUCCGGUCCACCAUGCAUGGCUAUGUAGAGAGCGCAUGAUAAUUGUUAAACUAGUAGUAUCAACCGAA